AUGGGCCUCGGAGUCCUGGAUGAUAAGAAACUGAGCCAUGUACCGGGUACGUUUUCCCGUUUUCCCGUUCUACGACAGCAGGCGCAAGUUUCCGGAUAUUGGGGGGGGGAUUGAUUGCUGAUCUCGUAUGGCAAUGCAACAGGAACGGCCACGCUCGAAGACCUCGACCCCCUAGCGGCAGCCGCGAGAAUCGGCGGCGAAGGCCUGAAAAAGGCCAAAGAUGGCACGAUCCUCGUGCCGCAACCGAGUGGUGAUCCGAAAGAUCCGCUGGUACGUCUUUUUGCCUACAUCCUCCUCUCCCCGACAAUGCGACACUGUGAGACGUUUGGGGCGCAACAAGACGAGACGACACCAUACUGAUCCAUCAUAUCCGCACAGAACUGGCCCCUCUACCAACGCGACAUCAUCUGCGCGAUCCUGUGCAUCCUCUCCGUCAUCGCAUCGACCCUCUCCCCGCUGCUAGCGGCCAACACGCUCACGCUGACCUUCUACUUCCGCAAAUCCUUCACCAAGAUAGCCCUCCUGACGGGCUACCACCUGCUCGGCGUCGGCGUCGCGGGCUUCGUCUUCGUCACGUCCGCGCGCGUCUUCGGCAAGCGCCAUCUCUACCUCUUCGGCACGGUGCUGAUAAUCAUCUCGUCGGCGUGGGGCGGCGGGAGCGGGCGGAACUACAAUUCCCUGCUGGCGGCGCGGUUUUUUCAGGGCGUCGCGCUCGCGCCCUUUGAGGCGCUGGUGAAUGCGAGUGUGGGGGAUUUAUACUUUGUGCAUGAGCGGGGGUUGCGCAUGGCGCUGUCGAAUCUGUGUCUGUUCGGGGGAGCCUUCUUCACGCCGGUGAUUGUGGGCAAGAUGACGGAUUCGAUCGGGUGGCAGUGGACGUUCUAUUUCAUUGCCAUCUUCUCGGCCGUCAUGUUGCCGUUUGUGGUCUUCUUCUGCCCGGAGACGGCGUAUGUGCGGGAGAGUCGGUAUGAUACGGACACGACGUGGAGUCGACUGGGGGAGGGAGGGAAGAAUUCGGUCUCGCAAGAGAGUGGGAACACCGGCGGAGGGGAGCUCUAUGCCCACGAAUUAAAGGAAGCGCGGAACGGGAAUGGAUCUCUGGAUAAACACCACCUCACCGCGCAAGAAGACGGGCCCAUCCACGUACCCAUCAAAUUCAACUGGUUCUCCCGAGAAGCCCUCAUGCCCUUUAACGGGUUGAAAUCCCAAGAAACGGUCCUCUCCUUCACCCUCAUGACCCUCCGACCUUUCCCCCUCUUCUUCCAGCCCGGAAUCCUCUGGGCCUGCCUCAUCCAAGGCGCCCUCAUCGGCUGGACCGUCCUCAUCGGUAUCGUCCUCGCGGCCAUCAUGCUCGGAGCACCCCUCUGGUUCAACGAGGUCAAGACGGGAUACAUGUACACCGGGGCAUUCAUCGGCGCAGUCCUCGGAUUCGUCCUGGCAGGUGUCCUCUCCGACCCCAUGGUGAAGUGGAUGACGAAGCGGAACAAGGGGAUCUACGAACCCGAGUUCCGCAUGAUCCUCGUCAUUCCACAAUUAAUCUUCGGUUGUGCGGGCAUCUUCGGCUUCGGCAUCACGUCGAACAACACAUUGAAGUAUGGCUGGUUCUGGCCGGAUUUCUUCUUCGCGCUGGAAGUCAUGGGCAUGGUUCUCGGCGCCGUGGCCUCAGCGUUGUACAUUGUGGACGCGCAUCGGGAGAUUGCGAUUGAAGGGUUUACGUGUCUGUUGAUCUUCAAGAACAUCUUCAGUUUCGGCUUGACGUUUAGUGGAUACGAUUGGUUGGUGCAGAGUGGGAUUCGGCCGGUCUUCGUGGCGGUGGGCAUUGUGCAGGCUGUGAUUUGUGUUACUACGAUUCCGAUGUGUGAGUUUGACCCCUCCCGCCCGUGCGAAUGGAUUUUGAGGUUGGAUGCUGACGCUGUGCAUUGCAGAUAUCCUGGGCAAGAAGAAUCGAUCUUUCUUUGCAAGGCACGACAUUUUGAAAAUGACCGGGCUGAGAUAG